AAAAAAAAGUGGGAAUCUAAGGCAUUUUCCAAUCAAUUAUUGAAUUGAUAUUAUCAAUAUCUGAAUAAUAAUAAAAAGCUGCCAUAGAAAUGAUAGACGCAGAAAUUGUGCUACAGAAACGGCGCAGAACACUCGACACGCACUAGUGUUCUAUGUAAUUUUUGUGACGGUUCCGAUCACAAAUUCCUAUAUAAAGAACCAACUUAUUUCAAGCAGAUUGGCGGUUGAGAAACUCACUUUCAGAAAAUCUAGUCAUCCAUGGAUGUUCAUAACCAACAUCUAAGCCAUGACUCCAAACAAGCUGAAGUGGUUGUAAUCAUGGUGCCUUUUCCAUGCUAUAGCCACCUCAACCAGGUCCUCCAGCUCUCCUGCCUAAUCUCCUCCUACAACAUCCCCGUUCACUAUGCUUGCUCCGCCACCCAUGUGCACCAGGCUAAACUCCGCUUCAAUGGCACAAACCGCCUUUCCUUUGCCCAAAUCCAUUUCCACGAGUUCCCUACCCCUCCUUUCCUCUCUCCUCCACCCGACCCCAACGCCCCGUGUAAAUUUCCAUCACAUCUCCAACCAUCCUUCGCAGCCUCUUUGCAUCUCCGUGACCCCAUGGUUCAACUCCUGCACAAAAUCUCCCCCACAGCUAAAAGAGUUGUUGUUGUCCACGAUGCCCUCAUGGCUUAUGUGGUUCAGGACACCGCUACCAUACCAAAUACUGAAACCUAUACUUUUAACCCCACUUGCACGUUCUCUUCCUUCUUCGACGGAUGGCAAAUGAUGGGAAAGCCUUUCCAGUUAGAUGAACCACAAGAGUUACCAUCUCUUGAAGGAUGUUACACUUCCGAGGUCCUGAAUUUCUUUACCCUCCAAACUGAUUUUCUGAAAUCUACAUCUGGAACUAUCAUCAACUCAUGCAGAUCAAUCGAAGGUACUUACAUUGAUUUAUCAAAAGAGCUACAGGUUGACAAAAACAAAAAGAUAUGGGCAGUUGGGCCAUUGAACACCGGAGCAGUAGAUGAUGGCAGAAACUCAAAUAGCCAACACAAAUGUUUGGAAUGGCUUGACAAAAAAGCCCCAAAAUCCGUGUUAUAUGUUUCGUUUGGAACAACAACUUCACUGACAAAUCAACAGAUCAAAGAGCUCGCCAUUGGGUUGGAACAGAGCGGACAAAAAUUCAUUUGGGUGUUGAGAGAUGCCGAUAAAGGUGACAUUUUCGCAGGUGAUGUUAAGAGAGCUGAAGUAUUGCCAGAGGGUUAUGAAGAGAGACUGAAAGGAGUUGGACUGGUGGUGAGAGAUUGGGCACCUCAACUUGAAAUUUUGGCGCACCAAUCUACAGGCGGGUUCAUGAGUCACUGUGGAUGGAAUUCAUGCCUGGAGAGCAUCACCAUGGGAGUGCCGAUAGUAGCCUGGCCGAUGCAUGCGGAUCAACCAAAGAAUGCAUUUCUCGUGACAGACAUAUUGAAGGCUGGUGUGGUUGUCAAACAAUGGGCAGAGCUGCAGGAAGGGGUGGUGGCUUCAUCAACCAUUGCAGAAGCUGUCAAGAAGCUAAUGGCAUCAAGAGAAGGGGAGGAGAUGAGGAAGAGGGCAGAGAAACUGGGAGGUGCCACCCGGAAGGCGGUAGAGGAAGGUGGUGUUUCUCGAAUGAAAUUGAAUUCGUUCAUUGCUCACAUUACUCGGUAGAUUUGUUUAUUGACGCAGGAUGAAUUGGCUUUCCUUUCAUUGAAUUGUAGUCCAGACCUCCAAAUCACAACACUCUGGAAAUAAGAGAAUCAUUUUAGUAA